CAGAGGGAUUCCACCAGAGGUAGGAUCCGGCCAUGCGCUGCUGCCGCCGCCGAGAUGCAAAGGCCGGUGGUCUGCGAGAGGCCGUCUCCCGGGCCGCAGCGGCAGCGGCGCAAGCCGUGGGUGCCGCAGGUGGCGGCUGGGCGGUUGUGGCAGUACUUCGAGCUGUGACAGGGGCAUCCUUGCUGGCAAAGUGCGAUGAGAUUCCAGAAGCAACAGAUCGAGUUAGGCAUGCUGAGCUUUCAGGCCCCGUGCCACAGCAUGUCGCGGUGAUCAUGGAUGGGAACCGGCGCUUUGGUCGACAGAGAUAUGGGGAUUCUCUCAGCGGUCACAAAGCGGGCGGCGAGAAGCUUCGAGAGUUCAUCCAUUGGUGUGUGGAUUUGGGGGUGGAGUAUCUUACCGUUUUUGCCUUCUCCACUGAGAACUGGAAGCGAGAUGCCGGCGAGGUCAGCGCAAUGAUGAACCUCUUCCUGUCGGAAGUGCCGCGUUUGGGCGAGCACGCCAUGAGGCACAAUGUCCGCGUACGAUUUCUGACUUCGGAUGCAGGCCCUUUGCCAGAAGAUGUCAAAACUGCUAUUGCAGAUCUGGAGGAGCGCUCGUCCAAGUGCACCGGAUUGCUGCUGAAUGUUUGUCUCAGUUAUGGCGGUCGCGGUGACAUCAUCUCAGCCUGUCGGAAUCUUGCAACGCAGGCCAGCGAAGGUCUGUUGGAGGUUGGCAGCAUUGACGAGGAUUUGGUCAAGAAACACCUCCUCACCGGUGACAUCCCGGACCCAGAUGUCCUGAUACGAACCUCCGGGGAACGCCGGCUGAGCAACUUCCUGAUGUUCCAGUUGGCUUAUGCGGAGUUUUCUUCCUGGAGAAGCACUGGCCAGAGGUUGCGCAUAAGGACCUGCUGAGCGUAGUCGCACAGUUCCAGAAGCGCCAUCGCCGCUUCGGAAAGUAGCUAUCGCAAGCUGCAACUUUCCAUUCCGUUUCCAUUCCGUCAGAGUUGAAAAAGACGUGCAGGGAUUUUCCCGACGAGGGCGUGAUUUUGAUGCCUUGGGGAUGCCUGGCUUAUGAAACGAGGGAAAGCGUGCGUUCUGAGCAGUUUGCGGGAAUUAGACGGACCUGCUGGCAGAUCAAUGUCAACAGUCGUUUGCCGGUAGCAGCGUCCUGUGGAAAACACCUCUGUUUCCGUCAUUUCUUUCUGCAUCUGCUG